GUCUUUUUGUGUUUAAUUCUUAGUUAUUUUAGAUGAAGCUAGAGACCCACUUUCCCAUAUUUACGCACAUGGCUCCUCAUCAUUCAUCAUCACGAUAAAAAUGCAUAGUACAUAAAGUAUCCAUUAAAACGUAGAUCUAGUCUCUUCACAACACUUCAACAGUUCAACUAAUAACGCAAAAAUCAGUUUCUCUUUGAGUAAGUGUUUAUUACAAUUAAACUAACUCAGGCAAGUCUAUGAUCAUGGCUUCUUCUGCUGCUGCAUCGAUCUCUAUGAUAACUCUAAGGAACCUCUCUCGCAAUCAUCAAUCUCACCAAAGCACUUUUCUCGGUUUCUCUAGAUCCUUCCAUAACCAAAGGAUCUCAUCUAACAGUCCAGGUCUCUCCACACGAGCAAGAUCCACCACUUCCUCCACUGGAGGUUUCUUCAGAACCAUUUGCAGCAGCAGUAGCAAUGACUACUCCAGACCAACUAAGAUCCAAGAGCUUAACGUCUACGAGUUCAACGAAGGUGAUCGAAACAGUCCAGCGGUUUUAAAACUAGGGAAAAAACCAGAUCAGCUUUGUCUCGGAGAUCUUGUCCCCUUCACAAACAAACUCUACACAGGAGAUCUCACAAAACGCAUAGGAAUCACCGCAGGUCUCUGCGUUUUGAUCCAACAUGUUCCAGAGAAGAAAGGUGAUCGCUUUGAAGCUUCUUACAGUUUCUACUUCGGAGAUUAUGGUCACAUAUCAGUUCAAGGACCUUAUCUCACUUACGAGGACACGUUUCUUGCUAUCACCGGUGGCUCCGGCGUGUUUGAAGGAGCUUAUGGACAGGUCAAGCUUCGUCAGCUUGUGUAUCCUACGAAGCUGUUUUACACUUUCUACUUGAAAGGUGUUGCUGCUGAUUUACCUGUGGAGCUUACCGGAAAACAUGUUGAGCCGUCGAAGGAAGUGAAACCGGCGGCUGAAGCUCAGGCGACUCAGCCCGGCGCUACGAUCGCUAACUUUACUAAUUGAAAUCUAAAUCUUUGUGGGUGUCUUUGUCAUGGAUCUUAUUGGGCUGUUGUUCAUUGUGUUUACAUUUUAAUAAUGGGCCUAAAUAAUGAGCCUUUGUAUUGGGCCGUUCUCGUAAGCGUAAUGUGUCCCGUCCCUAUAAGCUGGAUUUAAGCGCGUGAACUCCACCUUCCGAUAUUUUUUUUUGAUAGAUUAUAUCAAAUCCAUGGAUACUUUCUAUAUUUGGAAAGUUUGGCUUAGUAGGCUCGUGGCCAUGUUUGAGCUAAAACUCAUAAACGAAUCUUUUUAAUGUUCUUUCACCGAAUGCUUAUUUUGUAUUUUUCAUCCCCUGAAUCGGUUUUAAAC